UCCGAGGACAGUGGAAGUACUGCUGGAGAUGAAAGACGCGAGUCUUCUGAACCACACCAGCCAGAUUCAUCCCCAUCUCCAGUGCCAUCCGAGGACAGUGGAAGUACUGCUGGAGAUGAAAGACGCAAGUCUUCUGAACCACAGCAGCCAGAAUCAUCCCCAUAUACAGUGCCAUCCGAGGACAGUGGAAGUGCUGCUGGAGAUGAAAGACGCGAGUCUUCUGAACCACAGCAGCCAGAAUCAUCCCCAUAUACAGUGCCAUCCGAGGACAGUGGAAGUGCUGCUGGAGAUGAAAGACGCGAGUCUUCUGAACCACAGCAGCCAAAAUUGUCCCCAUAUACAGUGCCAUCCGAGGACAGUGGAAGUACUGCUGGAGAUGAAAGACGCGAGUCUUCUGAACCACAGCAGCCAGAAUCAUCCCCAUAUACAGUGCCAUCCGAGGACAGUGGAAGUGCUGCUGGAGAUGAAAGAUGUGAGUCUCCAGGCCAAUGCAACAAACCACUACCACCUGGCAAUGCAUGUCUUUGGUGCCCUCACAACUGCAAGCACUUUAAAAGAACUGGAUGACAUGGUUCAAAGUGCUACAGUUGUCUUCUCCAGUCCAUGCUGUGGUGCAAGUGUUGAGAAGCACUUCAAGAACCUGCAAUCGUGGCUGCAGAAAAAAGGGACUCCAUUGGAUGAGACUACCAAGUCUAGGGGUGAUGCAGAGGACUUGAAGGAUAUUACAGGAAGCAACAGAUUUGCAAAACGUUGCAAUGCAAUUAUUUCUAAUGCCCCACUGGACAAGCAUGGAGAGGUCAAUGUGUACCAAUGCAAAGGGCUUAUUGAUCACCUCAAGAAAUACGUUCUGCCAUUUGCUGGAUUAUGGACCGGGAUAAUGCUAGGUGACCUUGGACGACAUGGGACAGGACCACAGUAUAAGCAGUGCUCCAGGAGAUACAAUGCCCUGAGAAAGCUUACAAGACAAAACAUUACACAGGACAACAAAACUCAAGGAGUAAUGGAAAAGAGUCAGUGGGACUUGAAACAUAUUCGUUUUACUUCUGGCCGGCUCACCAGGCUUGAUGACUUUGUAGCCCAGUAUCGGAUUAGCCACACUGCACUCCUGAAGGAGUAUGAGGACUCCGAAAGAGUUUUCCGAAGGAAGACUUACAGAGUAGAAAAAGAAAUAUGGAAAGAAAAGCAACAGAAAAAACGGGGAAGAUAUGUCUCAGCAAUUCCCAAGCCUUUCCGUUUCAAGACAUCAAAAAAGAAGGUAUAGAGACAAUGUAAUGCU